GGUGGGAUACAUCAUAGAAUAUAGAGUCAUGUUUCCAUCACCACCGCCGCCGCCGUUCUUAACCGACGAUCUCAUCGCCGAGGUAUUAUCCUUUCACGAUGUGAAAUCUAUUAUGCGAUUGAGAUGUGUUUGUAAGUUUUGGAACACUAUCAUUUUCGAUCCCACCUUUGUGAAUUUGCAUCUCAAGAAAUCAGCAAAACAAAAUCCUCAAUUGUUACUCAUCACCAAUCAUAGGAGUUAUUAUGAAAGAAAGGUCGAGCAUGGUGUAAUUCCCUACUCUAUAAGCAGCUUACUCGAGAAUCCUUCGUCCGCACUUUCUGUCGACUCUUACUACUUGUUGCAAGACAAAGAAUGCUCCGAUAUAGUUGGUUCCUGCAAUGGAUUGAUCUGUUUGAGUGGUGAAACUGUCACAACGGACUAUUAUGAUUACUGGUUCCGAUUAUGGAACCCAGCCACCAGGAUAAUAUCUCCAAAAUUUGGAUUCUUACGCUUAUUUUACAUUCGUCCCGACUGCACAUCCUCUGCUGAUGAUGGCUAUUACAGAUUCAAUUUUGGUUGUGAUAAUUCUACAUCCACUUAUAAGUUAGUGGCCUCACGUUACAAUAAACGUGAACUGAGAAGCGAUGCCAGAAUUCUAAGUUUGGGUGAUGAUGUUUGGAGAGAUAUAGAAAGUUUCCCGGCUGAUCCUUUGUAUUUGGACUCAUCUUAUGAAGCUUGUGGUGAAGUUGGUGUGUAUUUCAAAAGCACUAUUAACUGGAUGGCUUAUCAAAAUAAUCUUUUGUAUGAUUGUGACAAUAUUAAGGAUAUUAGUGUUGAACAAUUUGUUGUUGUUUCGCUUGAUUUGAGGACGGAGACAUACAAUCAAUACUUAUUGCCUCCCGAUUUUGAUGAAGUUCCAUCUGUGGCUCCAGUUAUUGGUGUGUUGGGAGACUAUCUUUCUUUUUCUUAUUGUUAUAAAGAAACCUACUUUAUUAUAUGGCAGAUGAAGAAAUUUGGGGUUCAAGAUUCCUGGACUCAAUUUCUUAAAAUUGAUUAUCACAAUCUUCAAAUUGAAUAUGACUAUAGUAACGAAGAUAUAAAGUAUUAUUUUAAAUUGGUUCCGUUGUUUCUUUCUAAGGAUGGUGAUACACUUGUACUUAAAAGUAUUCCAAAAUACCAAGAAAUCCUCUAUAAUUGGAGGAAUAAUGGAGUAGAGCGAACAAAAAUUAUUGCAAGAAAAGCGGUUGCCGAUUAUCAAACUGUUGAUUCUGUCUCAUGCUCGGGCGGUAGCUAUUUUGAAAGCUUAGUUUCAGUGUUUUGGAAUAAUUAGAAGGACUUUCAAGAACUAAUACAAUGUGGAAAUUUAGAGCUUAGAAGAAGAGCAGCUAAGGCAGUGUCUUGGGAGGAUCAGGGUGAUUUCAGUGGAACAUGGUUUGAAUCAGUUUGGAUUUUAGAAUGAAAUUUGUCCAGGUGCUUUGGAACAUGAUUUGUUCAUGUAUUUUGUUAAUUUCAUGUGUGAGAAAAGUGCAUACUGUUUAUUGACUUGUACCUGUUGUAGAAGGAAUUCUACCUUUUUAGUUAUUAUGUGUUAAUUAUUGUGUUUGAUAUCCACAUCAUAGUUGGCAUUUUCAUCUAUUCUUGUUAGUAUUUCUAAUUCACUUAUGUUCCCUUGGAAUUGGAUGGCUCUAAAAGGACUACCUACGGAUGUCUUAGAUGGAAAAGGGGAUUUAUUUCAUCUAUCUAUGUUGUGUUGAUUGCAAGCUUA